AUGCAGAACCAUACAAGACGAGUCUUGGCUUCCGGUUCAACACAUUCGAACUUGGCAAGGUCUACUAUUUCUGGGAGGAUGUGGGCGCAGAUGGCCAGGUUCAUCAGAGCACCAAGGACUGAGCUGAGAUGGAGGCUGUGCUUGCCGCGCUUGGGUAUCGUGACUGGUCUCUUGAGGGCUGGGUUCGCAUCGUCAUCAUUGCCAAGUCGGAAUAUCUGGGAAAGAACGUUACUCGAAACAUGCUCAAGUGGGCAGCGGAUCGAGCCCAUCGACCACCUGGGGCCAGACCCCAAGUACCAAAACGAACAGGAAGCCCACAGAUGGGACGAUUACGUCUCUCCGGAGAAGCGAUUGCAACACGUAAACCCACACCUUUGUACAAUCGCAAGUCGACAGGCUGUAAUAAAAGCAGUACACAAUAUGAUCGGCGAGCACAACGACGUCAAAGUGACCGCUGCUGAAUAUGACAAUUGCAACGGAAGUGGUCAUGUCUGGCAGGGUACCAACUACGCGGUUGAACCGAACCUGCUACCCGAAGACCUGUUCGUGAUACAACCCACGAAAAAACAUCCCACCAAGGAGCUUGAGAACCGAUUCGUGCAUUUCAAUAAUCCGAAGCACAUGGCCAUUUUCAUACAUGUGAAUUUACCCUCGGACUCAACAUGUCCGUUCGUCGCCUCCAUGGUGUACAACCUAGACAAGAAAACCGACGCCAAGGUCCCGCAACAGCUCGAUGGCUACCAGGCUAUUGACGAAGACGGCGCUGCUCUGAUCGGUGUCAUUGCUGCGCUAGAGAGGGCCUGCGAUGCCGUUGAACCGCAACAAUAUGGCCCAAUGGUAGAUCGAUGGUUGGGAGAAACCAUCAUCAUCACGACGUCCCUGUACGUCCAUCACCACGCUACUGAGUCUAUGCUGAAAUGGGCUGAAAAAGGUUGGCGACGAAAAGCGAAAAGGUGGGAACCUAUUCGCAAUCAAGAUUGCUGGAAGGAGUUGUCGCAGAUGUUGGGUCACUAUGCAAUGCACGGCUGUGAGGUUGCCUUUUGGUAUGUACCUCCUGAAAAGCAUUGGCUGGCUCAGCUGGAGGAGUACAUGAAACUCAUAAAGGAGAAAAAUAAGGUGGCGGAACAGUUAGAAGAGGAGAAGGCAAAGAAGGCAGGGGAAGAGAAGAAAGUAUUGGAGGAGGAAAGGAAAGUAUUGGAGGAAAAGAAAGUGGAGGAGGAGGAUGACAAAGGUGGACCAGAUGUCGAGUCGGAUGAUGGUUUAGAGAGCGAGGAAGUGAUCAUCGGCCAUGAAAAGAAAAAGAAUAAGGGCAGGAAGGCUAAUAAGAAGAAGGGCAAGAAGCGAAGAUGA